AUGGCAUACGAAAACGAGGCCAUCAUUCCCCUCACACGGAUCGUAACCCCAGCCUCCUCAAUGGGAGCGCGUAAGGCCGGCGAAUCAACCCUUAAUGAUUUCGAUCAGCAAGAUUCAUUCAAUGACAAAGAAAAGUCGCACUAUUCAGGUCGGCGCAAGGCCAAAAACUUCGGUGCUAGACCGAUGCAUGUUGAGACAGAUGGCGAAGAAGUUGAGCUCAAUCAUUUGGGUAGAAUUUAUGAUACAAUCGUUAACUUCUCCGUAAUUACUCGGUACUUGGUCUAUGUGCUCCCAAUAGCUUUAUUACUGGCGAUACCAAUCGCCAUAUAUGCCAUAUUUAGGCCUCACGAUAAAGUUGACCGGUCAGAUGUGCCAGUAUAUCUUGUGUGGGCAUGGGUCGAAAUUGUUUGGCUAUCUCUUUGGAUCAGCAAGCUUCUUGCAAAGGCGGUACCCCGUGUUUUCGUUACUCUUUGUGGUGUCAUAAGUUCAGGAACUAGAAAAUAUGCGGCAAUACUUCAUGCAGUGGAGAUCCAGCUCAGCUUAGUAGGAUGGACUUUGGCAAGUCUAAUAAUUUUCAAGGUUUUUAUCAUCUCUUUGCCAAGGAAAGAACCAACCCAGAAACACUGGCUUGUUAUUAUCAUGAAUAUACUUUUCUCAUCCCUUCUGGCCUCGAUGUUGUAUCUCGCCGAAAAAAUGUUUGUGCAGUUAAUCAGUUUCAAUUAUCAUCGCCGCUCUUUUUACAACCGAAUAAAAGAAAGCAAAAACUCCAUUCGUUUACUAAGCUAUCUAUAUGAAGCUAGUCGUACACUUUUCCCAACAUACUGUGAGGAAUUUCGGCAGGAAGACUAUAUCAUCAACGCACCAAUCAAAGCUAAACUAGAUAAGGUAAAACAGAGUCGCCCGACAUCGGCUUCACCCUUGCGUCUUGUUGGGGAGAUUGGAAGAAUAGGCGACAAAGUUACUUCUGCUUUUGGCAAUAUGGCCUCUGAGAUCACGGGUAAACAAGUGUUCAAUGUAAACUCGGCACAAAAUGUGGUGAAUGAAGCUUUGGAAAAGACAAAGUCUUCAGAAGCACUAGCUCGACGAUUGUGGAUGUCAUUCGUGGAAGAAGAUCAUGACUCCCUAUACCUAGACGAUAUUAAAGAAGUCCUUGGGCAGUCUAGGCGCGACAAAGCAGAGGAAUGCUUUGCUGUUCUCGACACCGAUGGAAAUGGCGACAUUUCGCUUGACGAAAUGAUUACUAAGGUAGUAGACAUUGGAAGAGAUAGCAAGGCUAUUACCGCCAGUAUGCGCGAUGUAGGACAAGCUAUCGGCGUCUUGGAUCAGGUCCUCGUUACUAUUCUUAUCGUUGUUGUUGUUUUUAUAUACGUGGCUUUCCAACACACUUCUUUCGUUACAACACUUGCUACAGCCGGAACAACUCUUUUGUCGCUUUCAUUUGUUUUCGCCGCGACCACUCAAGAGUUCCUUGGCUCCUGUAUAUUUCUCUUCGUUAAGCACCCUUACGACGUUGGGGACCGGUGUGAAAUAAACGACAUAUCUCUUGUGGUGGAACAGAUUUCUUUACUAUUUACUGUAUUCAAACGUAUUGACAGCAUGAAAAUGGUACAGGCUCCUAACAUUGUCUUGAAUACAUUGUGGAUCGAGAAUACAAGUCGUUCAAAGGCUAUGAAAGAACAGCUUGAGCUCUUUAUAUCCUUUGACACAUCUCUCGAGGAUAUUGAAAUUCUACGCACAACAAUGGAAGCAUUUGUACGCCAUCCCGAUAAUUCUCGCGAUUUCCAGCCAGAUGUCAUCAUAGAAACAACAAGUGUCAACUCGAUGGACAAACUCACUCUCAGGGCAGAAGUUCGUCAUAAAUCAAACUGGCAUAAUGAAACCGUUCGUGCUGCUCGCCGCAGCAAAUUUAUGUGUGCGCUCGUUCUUGCUCUUCGCAAGAUACCGAUCUACGGCCCCGGAGGUGUUUCAGAUGCUUUGGGUGGACCUAGUAAUCCAGGAUAUACAGUGGCUGUAACGGAUGAUUGGGCGGCUGAAGCGAGAAGAAAAGCAGAGGAUGAAAGGGAAAGAUCACGUCUGAUACCUAAUCCAUUAAAAUUCACUGAAAAUAUAGCGUCCAAAAAUCAAUCAGAGUUUACAGACGGACCUCAGACUGCUGAACCCCCGCAUUAUCCAAUGAGAAAAGAUAGCACUGCCAUUUGGAUUCCGGGAGAAACGGAGAAUAUCCCCAACAAUGUUCAGCGUAGUAACAGCAAGCAAUCGACUGGAAUGAACUCUAAUCCUCUCUGUCGAAAACCAACCUAUGGCAGGCGAAGACCAAGUGAAAGAUCUGGAGAGCCAAUACGACCCCCUCCACAACACAGAUACUCAUCAAGAAACCCUACUCCUAGCAAUAUUUUAAACCAGAACAUAACGCGUCAGACCUUAGACGAAGAAAGCAACAAUUCUCCUUCAGUUUCACAAAACGAACGGCCAAAACAUUUAUUUUGA